AUGGCUAAUGUGAAAUGCUUGAUUAUUGUAAUGUCAUGUCCAGCACAUGAUGCUUCAGAUGCUAAGUCAGGUCCCUUCCUUCAGGAGAUCAUGUCUUUGAAAGGUUUGGAACUCCCCACUAAGCAUGCAGAGCCUCUUGAGUCUGCACCAGAAACGAUAUACCAGAGGCAUCACCUCCUGUUGUUCAAGAGAAGAAGCCUGCAGAGAAAAAACCUGUUAAGCCAAAUUGGUGCUCUUUCUUUAUGCACCAAGCUCUCAGAGCUUCACACCAAAGCUCCUGAACAUAGCUUUGCCUACACGAAGAAAACUAUCGAACCAGUGUUUGGCCGCAAGCUCCCGGAGAUUUUUGAUAAUUUUGCAGAGAAACCAGCAACAUCUGGAAGUAUUGCUCAAGUGCAUGGAGCUGGUCAACAGGUGAAGCCCAUAGUAGUUGCCGUAAAGGGAAGCUGCCCAUUUGUGCAUCCUGCUGUUUUGGUGGGAACUUAUGAACAAGGGGAAUGUGUCGAUGAUCUUCAAAAUCUGCGCUUGCUCACAUUAGGGAAAUUUGAUCCCGAGUACAAUGGGAUGCAAACACUGCUUCUCAAAGCUGACUGA